ACAGCGCCAUUAUUAAACAUCUUGUUGUUCUCUGCGGACAGUUUGAGGUAAAACUUUAAUAUUAAACUAUUCACAUCAACGACAGGUGGAUAACAUUUUGGGACUUCAUUAAAGGAUUAGUUAUCGUCCUUAUGGGAAGAUAACACGGAGCUGGGAGCCGAUUGGCUGCGAGGAAGAAGCUAACGCGGCUAGCAGGAGUUAGCUGGAGCUCCGGGCGGGUUCUCUGUGCUCAGUGACCGUUAAUAGUGCCUCUCCAUCGGCCUCAGAGGGGAUGAGCUGCCCGGUGAACUUCCAGGCUCUACCCUCCGGAGUGUUGGAGGCUGUUUUCACUCCGGAGAACAUGAGGAGAGGAGGAACCUCGAUGAACUCUGGCACUCAACUCACUUUCCCCAAGUCCAGAUCAGCUCUGUGGGAUGGCAGCCCUGCAGGAGAGAAGCUCCGCCUCCAGCUCUGCGCUCACAGGAAGCCCCGCCUGGUGCUGCUGGAGAAAGCUUUGCGAUUGGCUCAGCGUCACGCCCGUCACAGCAACAAGCCCCGCCUCCCGUGUUUCCUCCUGGGCUCCAUGAGUGUGGACGCAGAUGAGGAGGGGGUCACCGUGACUCUGGACCGCUUUGACCCGGGUCGAGAUCAGGGCCGGGUCCCCUCGGCUCUUCUGCCCGGAGACGUCCUGGUCCCCUGUGUGUUCUCCACUCAGGAGGGCGUGUCUGACGCUGUACAAUCAGAGGCUGAGCUGCACCACUGCUUCAAGGCUCUGCAGCAGUGUGUGAGCAGCAGGCAGGCUCUGGAGCUGAGUCAGCUGCUGAAGGUCAGAGGUCACGUGGUCCUGACUCAGCAGGCGGACUCUGCAGCGUUCGUCCUCAGCUGGUCGGCCGUCUGUCCGUCCGUCAGCGUGGAGGUGGCGCCGGUGCGCUCCGUCCCGAUCAUCCCCACCGCGCUGCAGAGGAGCCUGAGCAGCAACAGCCGGCCGCCACAGAGCAGCAGGCCUCAGAGAGGGUUUCUGACCAUGGAUCAGACCAGGAAGCUGCUCCUGCUGCUGGAGUCGGACCCUAAAGCCUGCAGCCUGCCGCUGGUCGGACUCUGGCUGAGUGGAGUCACUCACAUCUACAGCCCUCAGGUGUGGGCCUGGUGUCUCCGGUUCCUCUACAGCGCCGCCCUGCAGGACAGAGUUUUCUCAGAGAGCGGAUGUUUCCUCCUCGUCUUGUUCGGCUCCACUCACAGGGCGCCUCAGUUCUUCCAGUGCCGAGGAUCUGGAUCAGGAUCACACCUGGACUACCAGCUGCUGAGCGGCUCUCAGUGUGUCACUCUGUACCAGCAGGUGUGUAUGGAGGGUCGUACGCUGCAGUGUGAGCUGAUGACAGACAGCCGACACACUGAGACCUUCAGAGAGGCGCACACCUCCUUCAACAGAGCGUCCGGUCUGUCUGUCUGCGAUCAGGACUCUGGAGUCGAGGACGAAGACCUGUCCCCCCGUCCCUCCCCCAGCCCGCACCCCCCCGCCCAGCAGGCUCGCAGAGUUCAGCCGUCGGUCCCUGAACUCUCUCUGCUGAUUGACAGCAGCUUCUCCUCCAAUCAGAACUUCAGGCAGGCCCCUGGCCCCUCCCACAGACCUCCUCCUGCCAGGAAGUCUGCUCCUCCACCUGGAAACUCUUCCUCCUCUUCCUCAGCUCCUCCUCACCUCCACAGCACCCCAAACUCCCACCUGCAUCAGCCCUGCUCCUGCUGCUGCUCCAACAACUACAACUGCACCUCCAUCUUCUCCUCCCCCGGACUCCCUACUCCUUCCUCCCUUCUUCAUCAUCACCAAACUCCUCCUCCUCCCUCCAUCCACUCAUCUCCACACCCCUCAGUCCAGCACCCAUCCAGCUCAACACACUCCUCCUCCUCCUCCUCCUUCCUACUCCAACCGACUGUCAGCUCCUCUUCCUGCUCCUUCCUCCCAUCAUCUUCAUCAUCACACCUCUCGUUCUUCUCCUCAUUUUCCUCCUCCACCGUCCCAUCACCUCACCCCUCCUCCCUCCUGCAACCAUCAAACCAAUCCUUCUCCACCUCCUUCAUCCUCACAUCAUCUUUAUCACAAUUCACCUCUUGUUGCUCCUCCUUUUACUCCUCCACCGUCCCAUCACCUCACCCCUCCUCCCUCCUCCUCUCCUCCUCUUCCUCCCCCCUCCUCUCUUCCUCCCCCCUCCUCUCUUCCUCCCCCCUGCCCUUGCAGCCACCCUGGGAUGGGAGGGGUGGAAACCAACAGCUGCUCCUCCAUCAGGACCGGCAGCUGCGCCUCCUUCAGGCUCAGGUUCAGAUGCUGCUGGAGGCUCAGGGGAAACUGCAGACCCCCCACAGAGAGCAGGAGGCACCGAGGAGCACCGCCAGCAUCGCUGUGGGGACAGGGGCCAGUUUGUUCUGGGGGGCUCCCGUCUCAUCUCCCUUCCUUCAUCAGGAGGCUCCUCCCCCUUCCUCUUCCUCACCUCCCCCCUCCUCCUCCUCCUCCUCUUCCUCCUGUAAACCCCCCUCACACACUUACCUGUCCGUCAGUGAUCAUGGAGUUGAGAGAAGUGACAUCACAGGUCAGGAGGCCGCCUGCUCCCCCCCCUCGCAGCACAGCCUCAGCGGCCUGCAGAGCCCGGUUCUGGGGGAGAGUGUGAGCAUGUACCAACCACAGGAGGAGCAGCAGAACUUCUACCAGAACCUCAUGAGUCAGCUGACCAGCCGUCUGCAGGAGUCUGACAGUAAACAGGAAGUGGAGGAGUCCAGGAGGAGGAGCCUGUCAGUGGUUUCCUCCUCCUCCUCCUCCAGGAGGAGGCAGAGUGGGGACCCGGUGCUCGAGGCCACCGUGAGGCAGCUGCAGCAGCUCGGAGUGAACGUGGAGCAGGGAGAUCUGAGCGAGGCCAGCAGAGUCCUUCAGAACACUAUCGAGAGCAGCAGCACCCUGGCGAGCAUCAACCCGGCAGCGGUUCUGUCCCGCCUCAGCGUCCCCUCGCCCUCGGCCAGCGCUCUGUUCCCGGGCCUCAGCGCUGAUCUGAGUCUGGAGGCGAACGCCAUCGCCCUGCGUUACCUGAGCGACUCUCAGCUCAGCAGGCUGUCUCUGGGAGGCCACGCCCCCUCAAACCGAAGCCCCGCCCCCUCCGCCAACGUCUCCCUGAUGUCGCCUAGCAACAUGUCCCUCGCCACCAGGAAGUACAUGAAGCGAUACGGGUUAAUCGAGGAGGAAGAUGGCGAGGAAGAGGAGGAAGAUCGUCCUCCGCUAACCGAAGCUCUGAACGCGAAGCUCCUCCCACAAAGUCAGCUGAUCCGAGAGCUGAGGCCCAAAAUGCAGCUGUUAGUGGGAGGAGCUAAACCCAACGACGACGACAAGGAGAACUGCCCCAGCAGGCGGCAAUCUUUGAUGAGGGCGAGCAACCGUCAGACAGAAGGGUCGGUCGGGAACAUCCUGGACCUGAGCCGCCUCCGACAGCUGCCCAAACUCUUCUGAUUCUGCAAAACUGGUGACAAAUCCAACGAACCAGAUGUGUUAAAGGUGCUCUAAAAACUGUCAUUUAUCUAAUCCAGUCUGGGGCUGAAGCCGCCUCCGACAGCUGCCCAAACUCCAGACUAAAGCCCCCUGAGACGAACACCAAGACACCAGACUAAAACCCCCUGAGACGAACACCAAGACACCAGACUAAAACCCCCUGAGACGAACACCAAGACACCAGACUAAAGCCCCCUGAGACGAACACCAAGACACCAGACUAAAACCCCCUGAGACGAACACCAAGACACCAGACUAAAACCCCCUGAGACGAACACCAAGACACCAGACUAAAGCCCCCUGAGACGAACACCAAGACACCAGACUAAAACCCCUGAGACGAACACCAAGACACCAGACUAAAACCCCCUGAGACGAACACCAAGACACCAGACUAAAACCCCCUGAGACGAACACCAAGACACCAGACUAAAACCCCCUGAGACGAACACCAAGACACCAGACUAAAACCCCCUGAGACGAACACCAAGACACCAGACUAAAACCCCCUGAGACGAACACCAAGACACCAGACUAAAACCCCCUGAGACGAACACCAAGACACCAG